AUGUUAAAUAGAUUUCUUGAGCUUGAACAAUAUAUUUAUCCGGUAAUAUCUAAGUGUGGUAAUCCUCCAGAUAUGUUAAUACGUGACGAAAUUCAAAUAUUGAAAGAAAUUGUAUCAUUAAUGAAACCAAUUAAAAACGUUAUUACUGAAGUUAGUGGAGAAUCACACCCAACUUGCAGCGUUAUUAUACCUUUAGUGCAUUGCAUGAAGGCCGCAAUUUAUUAUAACAAAUCUAAUACAAAGAUAGGAAAUGCAUUCAAAGAAAAACUUCUAUCAGCAAUUGAAAAUCGAUGCAAGAAUUUUGAAAACAAUGAAAUAAUGAGCAUCUCCGCAAUACUUGAUCCUCGGUUUAAGAAAUUACAUUUUGAAAAAGCUCUAGCUGCAGCAACUGUGAUAUCUCGAAUUGAAUUGUUAGUAAAAAAAAAAUCAACCCCACAGAAUAUGACAACAGAGAAAAUGAAUGUCAUUUUUAAUAAAGAAUGUGAUAACGUGUGGGGUUUUCACGAUCAUCAUUUAGUAGCAAAAAAUAAUACUAAUCCAAACGAAGAUUUGAGCGAAUUAAGACAGUAUUUGAACCGGUCGUUGAACGUAAAAAAAAUCCUGUUCAAUACUGAAAAUCGAUGA